UCACAAUGGAGGGACGAAAUCAGUUGAUCAUAUCUAGUGACUAGUGGUUUGUCGUUCUGUCAGUUAAUUCCCUAUCCCCUUUCUAAACCCUCGCCGCCCACUUCCGUCCCGCUCCUCGCACCUCCCCAACCCCCGUCGCCGGCGCCGUCGCGGAGAAGAAACCUCGCCGAUGUCUCUGGCCCGCCUCGGCCAGUCGCUGGUCCGCCGCCUUCACCGGCCUCUCCACCUGCCUCCGCCGCUGCCGCCAGAUCACUAUGCCACCGUUUCCCGAUCUUUAGCUCUGAUCCACGCGAAUACAUCUGUAAGAGGCUUUGCAAGCUUAGCAUACAAUGGCGGCGGCGUGAUUUCUGGCAAGUUUGGAGGGCCGUCGCAUGUCCACACCGCGCAGAUUCUAGAGCUUGCAGUCCACCUAAAUCAUGCAAGACCAAUGUCGUCAGGAGCAGGAGCAGCCCCAAAACCACCAUCCCUGUCCGAAGGCGUUUCUUUUGGUGGUUACAAGGUUGCUUUGAAAGCUGACAUGCCGAGCCCUGGUUUUGUUUUUGAGCCAUACCGUGUCCCGGAACCUAUCCCAUUUUGGAAAAGAUUGUUUACACCAAGUGGCUGGAGUAGAACAAAAGAGGAUGCUAUUCUGCAGUUCAUGAAUGCAUUUACUGUGUCAAAGUUGAGGAAGAAAAUCGGAUAUAACAAAAAACAGUUCCAGGAGCAAGCGUUUAAUAUAUACAAGGAGGUUAACAAGCUUAUUGCACGAGGAGACAUACCAUCUCUCCAGAAAGCUCUGACAGAUGAUAUGCAUUCUACUGUCAAAAAUGAAAUAAGGAAAAGACAAUCCAAGUGGAAAUCUGUACACUGGGAAUUGGUGGAGCCUGCUGUAAGCAUAAGAACUUUGAAGGCUCGUAUGAUUACUCUUGAUAAGAAUGACCUUAACAAAGCUUACGUACAGCUUACGCUUGAGUUCAUCACUAAGCAGAAAUUUGAAGCCUAUAAUUCAAAAAGAGAGGUUGUGUCAGGAGACAAGUCAAAGGAGGUGCUGGUGAAAGACAUAUGGGUGUUUGAAAGAUCCCUUUUCCACCCUGGAGCAUACUGGCGCGUGUGUGCGCGAAUCACGCUGUAAUAAUCUCAUGGCAAGUGCAUUCCAUCCCGCAUGAGUUGAGUGACGGCUUUUAUUAUGCACAGUAGUUUGAAUAAAUAUUUUGCCCUGGCGCCCUUUUCCCCUUCUCCUGUCUAACUGAUGUAUAACAAGAUCUCUAGACAUAGGCAGCAAUGGUAGGUUAUUUCUUGUUCCUUGGGGAACUGUCAGCUGAGCUGAAGAUAAAGGUUGGGUAAGUAAGUAACCUGGGCUUAUUGCCUUGGGAGGUUUUCUUUACUGUUACGAGAUUUCUUUCGAUUGCGGUAACAAGCUUCUUGUAAUUUUGUAGCUCAGUCCGCCUGGUGUGCUGUUGCGCUCUUUGACUGCUGCUCUAGUUUCUUUUCCGCUCCCGGAAGGCAGUAAGCCGCGCCAAAUUCCAUAUAAUCAUCCUGUGCAACCCGGCGCUCGAUUUUUCCGAGACGUCGUUUUGUGGGGAACCAGUUGAGCAUUGCGCCAUGGAAUGUUUGCCAUCCUUCUUCUAUAGUGCAUCCAUUUGUACUGCUCCCAUGUUUUAGAACCAUGUCCGUGCUGGAACCUGGAAGUUUGCCUUGGGCGCUCACAGGUGCCCUGUAUGUAUUCCGUAGUAUCUUCUACACUAGAAUCCCUGAUGGACGUCAUGAUACCGUUGCCCCAUCUGUCCUUUCUGGAAAGUAGAAUGUGAUGUGGAUAGAGUAGUCAUCACUGGGAGCUCCGGAAUUUUAAAGUAUUUGCGCGAUAUUA